AUGGACCUGGGUUCAGCCUCUGCUUCUUCUUCUUCUUCUUCUACAUCGACUUCUGGUGGGUCAGACUCACUCAAUGGCUUGAAGUUUGGCAAGAAAAUCUACUUUGAAGAUGUGGGUGGUGGAGUGCAGGACAAAUUUGGCGGCGGGCCGCCUUCACUGCCGCCGAAGACCGCCGGACUGCCUCCCCCAUCACCUGCCAAGAAGGGGAGGAGCGGGGUGGUGCAAGGUGGCCGGCCACCCAGGUGCCAAGUAGAAGGGUGUAAGGUAGAUCUGAGUGAUGCUAAGGCUUACUAUUCAAGGCACAAAGUGUGUGGUAUGCACUCCAAGUCCCCAAAGGUCAUUGUUGCAGGCCUUGAGCAAAGGUUUUGCCAGCAAUGCAGCAGGUUUCAUCAAUUGCCCGAAUUUGACCAAGGAAAACGGAGUUGCCGCAGACGACUUGCAGGCCACAAUGAGCGUAGGAGGAAGCCACCACCUGGAUCUUUAUUGUCCACUCGCUAUGGAAAUCUAUCUUCAUCCAUAUUUGAAAACCAUGGCAGAAGUAGAGGCUUUGUGAUGGACUUUGCUACAAACCCGAUUCUGACUGGGAGGGAUUCGACAAAUACAAUGUCUUCUGAACGAGUGGUGGGCAAUCAAGAUACGAUCACAGGAAAGUUUGCACUUUCAUGGCAGGGUGAUUUGCAAAAUCCUCCACCUGAUCUUCUGCAAGGUUUAACAACCCGAACAAGUUAUUUGGGUCCUGGAGUAUCUUUAGAAGAAUGUUACAAUGGAGUCUCGGACUCCAGCAGUGCUCACUCUCUUCUGUCAAAUCAACCGUGGGACUCAAGAAACCAUUCGUCCAGUCAUGGGAAAAACAGUUCAUUUGGUGCCAAUGGGACACCCCUGGUUCAACCGUUGGUUACCCACAGUGCACCCAUUGGUCACUUUUUGUCCUCGCAGGGCAACCAAGUCAGUAGCAGUUUGCAUGAGAUGCCUCCUGAUCUUGGUUUGGGUCAAGUUUUGCAGCCUGGUAACAGUCAGCAUUCCAGUGAGCUCAAGAUUGGCAGCGGACAGUACCAGCAGUCCAGGGGUUUUAAUUCUUCCGUCCAGCAUAUGAACUGGUCACUUUAA